GUCUUGGCUGUCAGAAUAGCAGCAAGCAGCGUCGGAGGCGGCAGCAGCGGGGGAGUUUCGGAGCAGACUUAUUUUUUUUUUGUAUUUGUUUCCCCUUUGUCACGAUGCCCGUGACAGAGAAGGAGCUAGCCGAGGAUGCGCCCUGGAAGAGAAUCCAGCAGAACACCUUCACCCGCUGGUGUAACGAGCACUUAAAAUGCGUCCACAAGCGAAUCGGCAACCUGCAGACUGACCUGGAGGACGGUUUGAGGCUCAUCGCCUUGCUGGAGGUCCUGAGCCAGAAGAAGAUGUACAGAAAGUACAACCAGAGACCCACCUUUCGACAGAUGAAGCUGGAGAACGUGUCUGUGGCGCUGGAGUUCCUGGAUCGAGAGAACAUCAAGCUCGUAUCCAUAGAUAGCAAGGCAAUUGUGGAUGGUAACCUGAAGCUAAUCCUGGGGCUCGUAUGGACCUUGAUUUUACAUUACUCAAUAUCAAUGCCAGUCUGGGAGGAUGAGGAUGAUGAGGAAGCCAAGAAGCAGACACCAAAACAGAGACUGCUGGGCUGGAUUCAGAACAAGAUCCCUUACCUACCAAUCACUAACUUCAGCAAUGACUGGCAGGACGGCCGGGCACUGGGGGCACUAGUUGACAGCUGUGCUCCAGGUCUAUGCCCUGACUGGGAGGACUGGGAUGCUGAGAAACCAGUGGACAAUGCACGUGAAGCAAUGGAGCAGGCUGAUAAGUGGCUUGGAGUUCCACAGGUUAUCGCUCCAGAAGAAAUCAUUGACCGUAAUGUGGAUGAGCACUCUGUCAUGACCUACCUCUCCCAAUUCCCCAAAGCCAAGCUGAAGCCGGGAGCUCCACUGAAGCCUAGACUCAACCCGAAGAAGGCCAGAGCAUAUGGGCCAGGUAUUGAACCUGUUGGCAAUAUGGCAAUGUGUCCAGCAACCUUCACAGUGGAAACAAUUAGUGCUGGGCAAGGGGAGGUUACUGUUUACAUUGAAGACCCAGCUGGGAGCAAUGAGGAGGUAAAAGCUGUUCCUAACAAUGACAAGAAUAAGACCUUCACUGUCGCCUAUGUGCCCAAGGUCACUGGACCUCAUAAGGUCAUUGUUCUGUUUGCUGGACAGCACAUUUCCAAGAGCCCCUUUGAGGUAAAUGUUGCCAGAGCCCUGGGAGAUGCAAGUAAAGUUCUGGCGAAAGGUCCUGGGCUUGAGCCAUUUGGGAAUGUUGCCAAGAAGCCAACUUACUUUGAUCUGCUCACUGCAGGUGCUGGUGCAGGAGAUGUCUCUGUGGCAAUUGCAGAUCCGUGUGGUGCCAAAGAUAAUGUGGACAUUAUGAUUGAUGAAAAAGGAGAUGGCAUUUACCGGUGUACUUACUGCCCAGAUCAGGCAGGGCCUCACACUCUCAAUGUUACUUUUGCUGGUGCUCACACUCCCAAAAGUCCUUAUACUGUUAACAUUGCUGAGGCUUGCAACCCAAAUGCCUGCCGGGCCAGCGGGCGAGGACUUCAACCUAAAGGCCUGAGGAUCAGACAGGCGGCCGUCUUCAGGGUGGAUACUAACAAUGCAGGAAGUGGAGAUUUGAAGGUUCAAAUUAAGAGUCCAAAGAACCUUGAGGAGCCUGUGCGACAGAAGGACUUUCUCAACGGAGUUUACACCUUGGAGUACUACCCUCAUGUUCCAGGGAUGUAUGUGGUAGAUAUCACAUGGGGAGGCCAUCACAUUCCCAAAAGUCCAUUUCAAGUUGAUAUCAGCCCAGAAGCAGGUCCUCAGAAAAUCCGUGCCUGGGGUCCAGGCCUGGAGGGAGGCACUGUUGGAAAAUCAGCGGACUUCAUUGUCGAAUCUGUAGGCCCAGAUGCAGGCACAUUAGGGCUCGCUAUUGAAGGUCCAUCUCAAGCAACCAUUGAAUGUGAAGACCAAAAUGAUGGCUCAUGUAAUGUGAGGUAUUGGCCCACAGAAGCUGGAGAGUAUGCAGUGCAUGUCACAUGCGAUGAUGAGGAUAUAGAGGACAGCCCCUUCAUGGUCCAAAUCCAGCCAGCCAGCAACAAGUACAACCCAGAAAAGGUUAGAGCGUAUGGGCCUGGCCUUGAGAAACUUGGGUGCAUUGUUCAUACUCCAGCAAAGUUCACAGUGGAUGCCAAGAAUGCUGGGAAAGCUCCAUUGAAGAUUUAUGCACAGAAUGUGGAAGGGUCGCCUGUAGAUGUCCAGGUGAAUGAGCGAGGAGAUGGGACCUUUGACUGUUCUUAUACUCCUGUUGUUCCAAUCAAGCACACAAUAGCUGUCGCCUGGGGUGGAGUGAAUGUGCCAAGCAGUCCAUUCAGGGUCAAUGUUGGUAAAGGGAGCUAUCCUCAGAAUGUGAGAGUGUCUGGUCCAGGGGUGAAGCGCUCUGGCCUGAAGGCCAAUGAGCCCACACUUUUCACAGUGGACUGCACUGAAGCAGGUGAAGGUGAUGUCAGUGUUGGGAUCAAGUGUGCCCCCCAUGUAAUCAGUGAUACAGAAGAAGACAUUAGCUUUGACAUCAUCCCUAAUGCUAAUGACACGAUCACUGUGAAGUAUGUUCCACAAGCUGCUGGCUUGUACACCAUCAAAGUGCUUUUUGCUGGUGUGGAAAUUCCAACCAGUCCUUUUGAUGUUAAAGUAGAACCAUCACAUGAUGCCAGUAAAGUAAAAGCAGAAGGUCCAGGAUUGAACAAACGGGGUUUGGAAAGUGGGAAGCCGACUCAUUUUACCGUUUUCACUAAAGGAGCAGGGAAAGCCCCCCUGGAUGUUAAGUUUAGCAGCCCUUCCAAAAGAGAUGCAGUUCAGGAUUUUGACAUCAUUGACAAUUACGAUUAUUCAUAUACAGUCAAGUACACUCCCCAGCAGCAGGGUAAUUUAGAUGUGGCUGUGCUGUAUGGCGGAGAUUCAAUUCCAAAGAGCCCCUUCAGUCUAAAUGUGGCAGCACCUCUGAAUCUGAGCAGGGUUACAGUGAGUGGUCUGGAAAGCAGAACUGAAGUUGGGACAGGCCAGGAAUUUACUGUCAAUACAGCAGGAGCUGGAGGGCAGGGUGCCCUGGAGGUGAGGAUUGCCAGCCCUUCUAAUAAGCCUGUUCCUUUUGAACUGUGCCCCACGCCAACUGGUGAUAGUACCGUGGUCAAGUAUACACCCAAUGAAGAAGGUCCUUACAGUUUGGAUGUCAGCUAUGAUGGAAAUCCAAUUUUGGGAAGCCCAUUUUACAUGGAAGCCACACUUCCUCCAGAUCCGUCCAAGGUUAAAGCUUAUGGACCUGGUCUCCAGCAUGGUCUUGUCGGAAGUCCAGCAGAGUUCACAAUAGACACUAAAGGAGCCGGAACUGGAGGAUUAGGCCUAACAGUGGAAGGCCCAUGUGAAGCCAAAAUUGAAUGCUCAGACAAUGGUGAUGGCACCUGCUCUGUCUCCUAUCUUCCCACUGAGGCUGGUGAAUAUUUGGUAAACAUUCUUUUUGAGGAGGUUCACAUCCCUGGUUCUCCAUUCCAAGCGGAGGUCGAGUUUCCUUUUGAUCCUUUGAAGGUGACGGUCUCUGGAUCAGGCUUAAAAAAUGGCAAAGUUGGUGAGGCAAGCCUUAUAAAUGUGGACUGUGGUAAAGCUGGACCUGGAGAGCUAUCUAUGGAGGCAGUUUCUGAUUUGGGUUCCAAGGCUGACACUUGUAUUCAGAACAAUGAUGAUGGCAGCUACACAGUCCGUUACAUUCCAAAUGCUGCUGGCCCUUAUACACUAUCACUCAGAUAUGGAGGGCAAAUUGUGCCAAAAUUUCCUGUUAGAGUCGAAGUGGACCCUGCUAUUGACACAAGCAAGAUGAAGGUUUAUGGACCUGGAAUCACAGGUGAAGAUGUUUUCAGAGAGUCAACAACUGAAUUCACAGUGGAUGCUACUUCUUUGACCAAGGAGGGUGGAAACCACAUCAAGGCCAAAAUCAGCAGUCCAUCUGGACCUAUUGUGGACUGUCUGAUCAGAGAUAAAAAUGAUGGAACCUAUUUAGUGGAAUACACACCUUUUGAAAAUGGUAUCCAUCAUGUGGAUGUGACCUAUGAUGACGUUCCAGUCCCUAAGAGUCCAUUCGAAGUGGAGGUGACGGAGGGCUGCAAACCAUCCCGAGUGCGUGCCGACGGAGCUGGACUGCACAAAGGCCUGACUGACAAGCCCAAUAAAUUUGUUGUGGAGACACGCGGUGCUGGAAUUGGUGGCUUGGGAAUCACCGUGGAAGGUCCCUCUGAAUCCAAGAUGUCCUGCAAGGAUAACAAAGACGGAAGCUGCAGUGUGGAGUACACUCCUUAUGUUGCAGGGGUCUAUGAUGUUAAUAUCACCUAUGGUGAUCAGCAUAUACCUGGAAGUCCAUUUAAGGUACCAGUUGAAGAUGUUGUGGAUCCCUCAAAGGUGAAAGUUACAGGAUUGGGUCUGGGAAGUGCAGUGCGAGCCAACGUUCCACAGACAUUCAGCAUUGACUGCAGCAGGGCAGGGAUCGCUCCUCUCAGUGUCACUGUGAAUUCACCCAAAUCAGGUACAUUGGAGCCUGUGGAGGUCACCGACAAUGGUGAUGGAACUCAUGCUGUAGCAUACACUCCAUUACUUGAAGGUCCUCACAGCGUCUCAGUGAAGUAUGCUAAUGAAGAUAUCCCUCGCAGCCCAUUUAAAGUGAAAGUGCUGCCUACAUAUGAAGCCAGUAAAGUGCGGGCCAGCGGCCCUGGUCUUAGCACUGGGAUUCCUGCUAGUUUUCCUACAGAAUUUACUGUCAGUGCUGUGGAUGCAGGGAAUGCCCAACUAUCAGUUGACAUCACAGAUAGUGAAGGUAAACCGAAGAAAAGCACAAUCCAUGAUAACAGUGACGGCACUUACAAAGUCUCUUAUGUGCCAGACAAGGCAGGGCGCUAUGCAGUGGUCAUCAAGUAUGGUGGAGAAGAGAUCACUGCUUCCCCCUGUCGUGUGCGGGCCAGUACAACUGGAGAUGCCAGCAAGUGCACUGUUGCAGGUCCUGGCCUUGGUCCUACCAUCGGUGCAGGCCAGGAGGUGGGAUUUAUUGUUGACGCAAAAAGAGCAGGAAAGGGAAAAGUGUCCUGCACAGUGGUGACCCCUGACGGCCGAGAGGAGGACGCUGAUGUCAUUGAGAAUGAAGAUGGCACUUUUGAUAUAUUCUAUAAUGCUCUUACACCUGGAGAUUAUGUGCUGUAUGUUCGCUUUGGUGGAGAAAAUAUUCCAAAGAGUCCAUUCAGGGUCCUGGUCACAGAUGAAGUUCCGGUUGUUCAGCAACAGACGGCACAGCAACAAGCAGCCCAAGGAGUGUACCCUCCUGGCUUCCAGCCUUGGGUAACAGACGGAUCAUAUGUUCCUGUAAGUGAUAUGAACGGCAUCGGUUUUAGGCCAUUUGAAAUGGUCAUUCCAUUUCCUUUUAACAAAGGUGAAAUCACUGGUAAAGUGAAGAUGCCCUCAGGAAAGACUGCGUGUCCGGACAUCCUUGACAACAAUGAUGGCACAAUAACCGUGCAAUAUUCACCCACUGAGGCAGGCCUUCAUGAGAUGGAAAUAAAAUACAAUGACAGGCACAUUCCAGAGAGCCCUAUGCAGUUCUUUGUGAAUUAUGUGAACAGUCCUAACGUGACAGCUUCUGGUCCGGGAUUGAUUUAUGGUGUUGCCAACAAACCAGCCACUUUCACCAUCUACACUGAGGAAGCCGGAGACGGAGGUCUGGAUCUGGCAAUUGAAGGGCCCUCUGAAGCUGAAAUCAGCUGCACAGAUAAUAAGGAUGGCACCUGCUCCGUGACAUACCUGCCUACCUUACCUGGAGAAUACAACAUUCUGGUGCGGUACAAUGAUGAGCACAUCGUGGGCAGCCCUUUUACUGCCAAAAUUACAGAGGACACAAGAAGGAGGUCUCAAAUCAAGUUGGGUGCUACAGCUGACUUUUCUCUUGACAUCAGUGAGAAGGACCUUAGCCAACUUACUGCCAGUAUAAAAUCUCCUUCAGGGAGAGAUGAGCCAUGCAUCCUCAAGAGACAGCCGAACAACCACAUUGGCAUUUCCUUUAUUCCAAGAGAAGUUGGGGAGCACCUUGUUAGCAUUAAGAAGAAUAACUGUCACAUUACAAAUAGCCCAAUAUCAAUUAUGGUGGUCCAGUCUGAGAUUGGAGAUGCCAACAAAGUGAAGGUUAAAGGACAAGGCCUGGUACAGGGACAAACAUUUGAGAUGUCUGACUUCGUUGUUGACACCACAGAAGCUGGCUUUGGCGGCCUUGCUUUGUCCAUUGAAGGUCCAAGUAAGGUGGAUAUUCAGACUGAGGACAUUGAAGAUGGGACCUGCAGAGUCUCGUACACUCCGACUGAACCAGGAGUUUAUUAUGUGUCCAUCAAGUUUGCAGAUGAGCAUGUUCCAGGUAGUCCAUUUACAGUGAAAGUAAAAGGAGAAGGUCGAAUACAAGAAAGCAUCACGCGCCGACAAGGUGCUGCAUCCAUAGCGACUGUUGGCAGCGUCUGUGACCUCAGCUUGAAGAUUCCGGAUGAUGACUUUGGCAACUUGUCUGCCCAAGUUAAAAGCCCUUCUGGACAGACAGAGGAAGCAGAUGUUGUUCCAGUUGGCAGUAACACCUACAGCGUGCGCUUCGUCCCAAAGGAGAUGGGUGUGCACGCUGUGAGUGUGAAGUACCAGGGGCAGCAUGUGCCAGGCAGCCCCUUCCAGUUCACUGUGGGUCCCCUGGGAGAAGGCGGAGCCAGUAAAGUUAGGGUGGGCGGUCCAGGCCUGGAGAAGGCUACAGCUGGCUCCCCAGCUGAGUUCAGCAUUUGGACCAGAGAAGCUGGAGCUGGUGGUCUCUCCGUGGCAGUAGAGGGUCCCAGCAGAGCCGAGAUUACAUUUGAGGACAGAAAGGAUGCAUCCUGUGGAGUGUCCUACAUUGUGCAGGAACCUGGUGACUAUGAAGUAGCCGUCAAAUUCAACGAUGAGCACAUACCAGACAGUCCAUUUGUUGUCCCGGUCAGCACUCCAGAAGACGACAUUCGCAGGCUUACUGUUACCAGCCUUCAGGAGUCGGGCCUUAAGGUUAACCAGCCUGUGUCUUUUGCUGUCAAGAUGAAUGGAGCAAAGGGCAAAGUCGAUGCUAAAGUCCAUAGUCCCUCCGGAGCCCUUGAGGAGUGCUUUGUGUCUGAACUUGAACCAGAGAAAUAUGCCAUUCGAUUUAUUCCCCGUGAAAAUGGCCUGCACUUCAUUGAUGUGAUGUUCAAUGGCGAGCAUAUUUUUGGCAGCCCAUUCCAGGUCCGUGUCGGGGAACCAGGACAGACUGGAGAUCCAGGCCUGAUCACUGCUUAUGGAGCUGGUCUUGAGCAUGGUACCACAGGUACACAGGCAGAAUUUACUAUCAACAACAGUAAAGCAGGGCCUGGUGCUCUGUCUGUUACCAUUGAAGGACCAUCCAAAGUCAAGAUGGACUGCCAGGAGUGUCCUGAAGGCUACAAAGUCCAAUACACACCAAUGGCUCCAGGGAAUUAUCAGAUUGGCAUCAAGUAUGGUGGACCUACUCACAUAACUGGGAGCCCUUUUAAGGCAAAAAUCACAGGCACUCGUCUCACCAGUGCAGCUGGUGCCAAUGAAACCUCUUCCAUCAUGGUGGGUUCAGGGCCCAAGUCUCCUUUGAAGAGCAUGCCCUACAGCAUCCCUAGGUUUUCCUCAGACAGCAGCAAAGUGACCUGCAAAGGCCCAGGUCUAAGCAGGGCACAGGUGGGCCAGAAGGCAUCGUUCUUCGUUGAUGGUUCCAAAGCAGGUAAAAACAUGUUGCUGGUUGGCAUGCUUGGACCCACAAAUCCAUGUGAAGAAGUGUCUGUGAAACAUGUAGGAAGCAAUCAAUACACAGUCAGCUAUGUUGUGAAGGAAAAGGGAGUCUAUAUCCUGGCUGUCAGGUGGGGAGAUGAAGACGUUCCUGGAUCCCCGUUUCACAUUACUGUUCCAUAACCACUGAGCAGGAACCGAAGUCCUAAAUACUGAGCUCAGAAAGUCUACAGUCAGUUAAAAACAAGAGGACUUUUGCACUUGCCUAAAAUGGGAACAGAUUCUUUAGUAUGAAUAUUUGCCUGCUAAUAAAUAUUUUAAAGUGUUAAUUUUAACCUUUCCAUAAAGUUCUCAGCUUCGACAUCUUAGUGACCUUACAAACCGGGAAGUGAACUGGAAUGGGCUGCAGAUUCUGCCGUGGUUUGCUUGUUUUGUUUUUACUACUGAUUGGUCUUUGUUACAUUUGGAUUUUAUUUAUCUGCCAAUGUCCAAUGCAGAUGUUCUAAGGUUUUAAUUUCAUUUUGUCAUCUCAUUUGAUUCAGCAUGUCUCAGUUUUGCCAUCUGCCUUAUUGCCGAAUGCCAAUGUUUACAAAGCAAUAAAAAGUC